UUGCAGGUAUAUAGAUAUUACAUUUUGUCAUUGAAGAUAUAAGACUUGUUAUGCUUAUAGUGAUGACAAUUUCUUCAAUAUUCGAUACGCGAAACCUGAAACCAUGUUUGCCGUUUGUUUCCUAUUCAACGGAAGUAGAUAAUUAUGUGAACGAAAACAGUCUUAAUAGAAAUGCUGGCAUUACUGUAUACAGUAGCUUUCAAUUCGACUGCGUUUCCGAAGAACAACUGCUGUUACGAAGCAUCAACCUGUGGAAAGGUAUACGAACAUGGCUUACAACAGUGGAUUUGUAUCUGAUGAAGAAAUACCGGAGACACUGAGCGGCUUGUUUAAAUCGAACGUUGGCGACGACGCCCGAAUCACCACAGCGCGUUUCAACGAAAUAGUGAUCAACAACCGAUCUAAUCUUCCAGAGUCUGUCAUCUCUAAAAUCACCAACUAUAUUGACAAUAACGAGGAUGGUUACGUUACGUUGGCGGAAAUCGAAAAGAUGGAAAGCGAGGACGCUGCUGUUGUUGCGGAAGAAGCUGGCGUGAGUCGCAAACAUCUAUCUUUAUUCAGCAGAGGAUACCAAACUGUUGGAAAGUUCUUUCUUACCAAGGAACAACAAAAGUUAACAUACGGCAAGCAAUACAAAUGUUGUCCUCCGCCAAUCGGGAUUCUACUCAUAAGCUUGGCUCAGAUUGCGGUGUACGUUUACUACGGACAGUUAAGUGGAAACUGGUUCAACAUUAGCCAAGAAAUAGUCGAUUCACCGAUUGCUUAUGUUCCAACGAAACGAAAGGAAGCGUGGAGAUUUCUCUCUUAUAUGUUCGCCCAUGCUGGAUUGGAACACGUUCUGUUUAACGUAUUGGUCCAAUUGAUCCUCGCCAUACCGCUAGAGAUGGUGCAUGGUGGGCUACGUAUUAUGGGGAUUUAUAUUGGUGGAGUUAUAGCUGGUUCACUCGCCUCAUCUGUGAUAGAUCCUUACGUUAUAUUAGUGGGUGGAAGUGGUGGUACUUAUGCAUUGCUUACUGCACAGAUCGCUAACGUUAUACUGAACGGUGACGUGAUGAACAAGUUUUAUCGAGUCUUAAGAGUGGUGGGAACUAUUGUGCUAUUGUUGUUCGACUUCGGUUAUUCUAUCUACCGACGUUUCCAGCCGCAAACAGCAGGCGUUGACGUUUCUUUCAUAGCUCACGUGGCGGGUGGUGUAGCUGGUGUCACCCUUGGUUUAGUGUUGCUAAAAAACUUCAAGACUUCUCUUACGGAUAAAAUCUGGUUCUGGGUUUCUGUUGUCGCUUACAUUGCUUUCAUUGUAUUUGCGGUACUUUGGAAUAUCUUCUACGAUAACUACCCGGCACAAGUUGUCUAAGCCAACGAGCUGAUAUUAAUGCCAUAUGCAUUACACAAUGAAUGGUGGUUAUUUGUUCCAUAAUACAUCGAAAGAGAAACAUAAAAAUACCUAAUUCAACGAAUGUACGAAAAUAAAGACCUAUAGAAAACCUUUUACAAUGAAAUACCCCAUAACUGCUUGUUUUCUCCCGUUUCUCUUUAUCAAAAGCAAAUCAAAUCGUCUAUAUAUAAAUAUGCAAUGUGUAUAUACAUUUGGCACGCACUGGCUUUGUUUUUAUGUUGCUUAUGCAGAUCAAUGAAGAAUAUAACUAUUAAUCUACAUACAGUCAGGCUAUACGAUCCUUAGUUCUAUGCAAAUCUGCUUUUAACGAUGUUGGCUUCAUUAUAUUACUUCAUAUACUUCUGCUUGCUCUGCAUAUACAUUAUGGAAAGAUUCGUUUACAACUACAGCAGUAUGUCGUUACCACUGUGUAUAUAACUGUCGGUAUUUAUUGUAAAAACAACCAAUAACCAAAAGAAGAUAGACCUUAAAUGCCUACAUUAGUGUAACUGCUUAGGCACUGUAUAUAACAUGCUCUAUUUUGCUGGUAACUUGAUCUUACGUCUCCAUGCAAUACAAGAAAUCAAAACAUU